AUGAAUCUUGAAGAAAUUGCUCCGGAUUUACCUAAAAUCCAAGAGCCAAAGUUGGACGUACUCAUACAUGUUGGUAAACCACCAAAUUCAACAACAAUAAAAGAAAAUUCACAAGUUUUAAAGGAUCAAUGUGAAUAUUUUCGUACUCUUUUGAAUGAUAAAUCGGUAAUAAAAAAUGAUGGAUGGAUGGAAAUUAAUUUACCGUCUAUUUCUCCUGAAACUUUUGGAUGUCAGCAAGAUGACGGAAAAAGCACAUUGGAUCGACUAAUCGCCCUUGAUGAAUUAGGAAUAAAAGAAUUGCUUGGUCCCGGCCAAGAUUAUUUAAUUAAAAACCAAUCUGGUUGGAUUCGUGACAAUUUUUCACUUGUUUACAAAACUACAAUUAAAAUACCUUCAUUGGAUUCUUUACGAAAAUAUAUACUUGGAAUAUUACGUCAACAACCUCGAUUAUUACUUAAUCCGAGAGGUGUUAAAUAUUUGGAGAAGGAUGUUUUAAUAUGGUUGUUAAAAAAGGAAGACGUUCAAAUGGAUGAAUUAGAAAUUUGGCAAAAUGUGAUUGCUUGGGGAAUUGCGCAGAAUCCUUUGUUGGGACCUAAAAUAUCUUCAUGGACAUCGGAAGAGAUUAAUGAAAGAUUUGCUGACUUUAGCAGGCCUAAGUCUGGCUAUUUUCCAUUUAUGUUUAGUUCCAAAUAUAUAUAUUAUGGAAAAAAUGCUAUUAAAUUAAGUAAAUCUAGACCUUCUUUUGGAAGGACCGACUUACAAAUCAGAGAUGGAACUUGUUUUUGUAAAGUUUGUGAUUAUGAUAAGGCUAUUACUUGGG